ACUUUUAAUAUAUUAGUUCUUUGCUUUCCUGACUAACGGAGUCAGUUUGGGACGUGUUUUGGUGGAAUAGUUUCUCCAAGGACGUGGAAGUCAGGACUCAGGAGGACAUCGGGGAGUUUCCCACUUCGUCUCCUUUACAUUGAGAUUUUUUGUUAUUUUGUAAAGAAAAACGUUGUUUUUACAUCCAGCUCUGGGAUUCUAAGUUACAUUUAGAGUAAUGGGUGAAUUUCAGGGUGAUACUUGCUGUGAACUCUCUGAAUUUGUAACAUCUAAAAGUUUCCAAUAUGGCGACGGACCUUCUGUCUUCCCUGGCCGAGCUGAGGGAGGCUGGAGGGUGGAUCUACGGGACGUAACGUACCAGAAGAAUUACGCAUUUUUUCAGACAACGGAAGUAACAACACCGAUGUACACCAGGUCAUGCGUGUGUUUGGAUCCAGUUUGGAUCCUUCAGAGCUGCGGUUCUCCUGACGCUGGACGUUGGUGGGAGUUCGGUCUGAGCAGAACCACAUCUACUAUUCUAAGUGUGAUUCACGGACUCUGUCACUCUGGCGGAAGGAUUUGGUUUCGGUGUCAGGCGGAACCAGAGUUGUUCACAGGCACUGGGCGGAACCUUCGUGCUGCUGUUAAAAAAAGGUUGAAGGUGCAUUUCGGCCUCCAUCCAGAGGGGGCGCUGUUUAACUGAGGAGCUGAGUAGAGAACCAUCCUGAUCAGCUCCAGCAUCGAGCAGAAGGACCGUGUUUCUCGUCCAGCUCUGAGUUCCGGGUCUCCAGCAGGAUAAACAGGAUGAAGUAUUUCACCAGACUGAGAGUUAAACGGAUCUAUGAAUGGCGUGGAGACCCUCUGGGCUUCAACAGGAAACUCAAAACUCUGGAAUAUGGCUCAUUGGCCAUCAGGGUGGAGGGUCUUCCUCAGACCACCAUCAUCAAAACGGGUCAGCACAUCCUGAUCGAGGGAGACGACAACGACAACCCGUACGUUGCCAGAGUGGUCCGGCUGUCUGCAGACGAGAGCGGGAAGCAGAAGAAGGCCGUGGUUCAGUGGUUCGUUCGGGUUUCUGAAGUGCCUCCGAGCAAACUGAAGCUGCUGGGCAGAGAUCCUCACCCGCAGGAGAUCUUCUUCUACGAGGGACGCAACUGUGAUGACGAGGUGGACGCCAAGUCCAUCCUGAGACCCGUGCAGGUGAAACACCUGGACACCGCUGCUCCGUUCCCCGACUCUGAAGACAAGGAAACUCUCUACGUGAAGCUCUCCUGGGACACGAGGACCUUCAGGGAUGUGGAUUCAUCUCUGGUGGAGUCCGUGCCUCCAUCGUCCUCCUAACCCCCCCCUGCCUCCAGGGGUCUGGGGCGGCGUGCCCUGCCGGCCCCGGACCCCGCCAUCUUGCACAGGGCGGCGUUGGGCGACGUCCGAUACAGCAGAGCCUCGGCGAGCGCCAGUAAGGCCACCGCUGAGGCGGAGUCGCUUCAUUCUGUGACCAAACUGUCGGCUUCAAAAUGCCUCAGCGACAAGAGGAGGAACGCCACUGAGAGGACGCCGGGUCUUCGCAAGAAGCUGCAGCUCUGCAGUCCGGACGAGUCAGAGGUGUUCAGAGAGGAUGUCCUGAACCGGCUGCUGGAGGAGGAGCUGGAGUCAGCCGGGAUGCAGUCUCAGAGACUGGCCUCCUCCCCCCCUCGGUCCCCAAUUCUCACACAGAGCAUCACCCCUCUAAAGAGGACCAACAGGAACCUCAGCUCUGAGCAAAGCAUCCACCUGAAACCAUCCACCAUCAGCCGCCGCAACCAGUCCGUGAGCGAGGCGGACAGUCCUCCAUCCUCGGCCGGGGACGACUCCAGCAGUCCUCAGCCCAGUGAGGAGCUGGAGGCGCCUCUGCUGAACGGAGCAGCUGAAACUCUCAGGAGAAGAAGAGCCACUCCGGGGGGAAACUACGCCACCAGGAGGGAGAUAACCACCACUCCUUCCAGAAGAAAGAAAGCAGAGCUUGUGAAGGAACCAGCUCUGGCUGUUCUAGCCGAGGAGGAGAACAAAAACUCGCUGCCGGCCACCGGCACUCCCAGGAGCUCCAAGAGGAAGUCGGCUCUGAUGGUGUCGUCUCGAAUCAAGAAGCAACUGAUUCUUCUAGAUGUUCAGGAGGACCUGAACUCUGAUGACGAUGAUGAGUUCAUUCCAUCCAAGAAGGAGCUGCAGAGCAGCAGCAAGGAGGAGGAGGAGGAAGAUGCUGAGGAAGAGGAGGAGAAUGGGCCAGAUAGUGAUGAUGAGGUGGUGGCGAAGAAGAGCCGCCGCUCUUCGUCCUCAGCGGAGUCUCGUACUCCUCGCUUGAAGCAGAAAACCUGCUCCUCAGCCCGAACGCCGAGGAAGACUCCGAGGAAGACCACGCCGCGGACCCCCCGCCACGCCACGCCCAGCAUCCCCAGACGGUCACAGCCAGCGCGACGGCCCACCAACGUUCUGGAAGAGGCCAGAACCAGGCUGCACGUGUCCUCGGUGCCGGAGUCUCUGCCCUGCAGGGAGCAGGAGUUUCAGGACAUCUACAGCUUCGUGGAGAGCAAGAUCAUGGACGGCACCGGAGGGUGCAUGUACAUCUCCGGCGUGCCUGCGGGGAAUACGGCCACGGUCCAUGAGGUGAUGCGCUGCCUGCAGCACGCCGCCGAUGUGGACGAGAUCCCGGCGUUCCGGUUCAUCGAGAUCAACGGGAUGAAGAUGACGGACCCUCAUCAGGCGUAUGUUCAGGUCCUGCAGGAGCUGACGGGUCAGAAGGCCACGGCCAACCACGCUGCGGCGCUGCUGGAGAAAAGGUUCAGCAAUCCGGCGCCGAGGAAGGAGACGACCGUGCUGCUGGUGGACGAAUUGGACCUGCUGUGGACCAGGAAGCAGAACGUGAUGUACCACCUGUUCGACUGGCCGACGCGCCGCCACGCCCGCCUGGUGGUGCUGACCGUCGCCAACACCAUGGACCUUUCGGAGAGGAUCAUGAUCAACAGAGUGACCAGCAGGCUGGGUCUGACCCGGAUGUCCUUCCAGCCGUACACCUUCAAUCAGCUGCAGCAGAUCAUCACGUCUCGCCUGAACAAGGUGAAGGCCUUCGAGGUGGACGCUCUGCAGCUGGUUUCCAGGAAGGUGGCAGCUCUGUCGGGCGACGCUCGCCGGUGUUUGGACAUCUGUCGGAGAGCGACGGAGAUCUGCGAGCACUCGGCCACCGACCCGUCCAACGCGGGAUUGGUGGAGACGAGCCACGUGAUGGAGGCGCUGAACGAGAUGUUCUCCUCGCCGUACAUCACCGGCAUCAAGUGCGCCUCGACGCAGGAGCAGCUCUUCCUGCGAGCCGUCAUCGCGGAGUUCCGGAGGCUGGGAUUGGAGGAGGCCAGCUUCCAACAGGUGUUUGUGCAGCACCAGGCUCUGUGUCGGGUGGAGGGUCUGCAGCCGGUCAGCGUGUCGGAGGGCCUGGCCGUGUGUCAUCGUCUGGGGGCAUGCAGGCUGCUGCUGCUGGAGCCCAGCCGCCUGGGAGUCCUGCAGAGGGUCCGGCUCAACAUGAGUCAGGACGACAUGCUCUUCGCCCUGAAGGCUGCCUUAUGAGGAGGAGGCUUGUUUCACUGACUGAGAACUUUAAUACAGAAUCUGGUUUCUUUGUUUUAGAUGUGUUGUGGGAGACUCUGUGACGUCCCUGGUUUUAUCAAAGUUUGCUUCUAUCAACGUUCUUUAACAUUUUGUUU